UGAUUUGUGAUUUGGUAUCAAAAUGAGUAAACGAAAGAAUCCAGCGGGAACUGAUAACAUAAAUGGAGAUUUCUGCGACUUUCUCAUGGAACUGGCCGAGUACGAGAAAAAUGUUAGUAGAAAUGUGCACAAAUACAAUGCUUAUAGAAAAGCUGCCAGCGUUUUAGCAACUCAUGAGAAGCGAAUAGAGUCUGGCGACGAGGCUAAGAAGCUGAAGGGAAUCGGUGAGAAAAUAUCCAAGAAAAUAGACGAGUUUAUUCAGACAGGGAAACUGCAGAAACUUGAGAACAUUCACAAGGAUGAAGACGCCCAAGCCAUCAACUUGUUGACCAAGGUGACGGGCAUCGGGCCGGUGAAAGCCGCUGAUUUAGUUCGGAGCGGUAUAAAAACUAUUGCCGACUUGGAGAAAAAUAAAAACUCUUUGACCCAUCAUCAACAACUUGGAUUAAAAUAUUUCGAAGAUUUUCAAAUGAAAAUCCCUCGUGCUGAGAUUAUACAAAUUGAAAUAAUCCUCAAGAAGGUCAUCACUGAAUUGGACUCUCAAUAUGAUGUCACCAUCUGUGGUAGUUUCAGGCGCGGGAAAGCCGAGAGCGGUGAUAUAGACGCACUCGUCACACACCCCUCACUGACGACAUCUAGUGACGCUAAGAAGAAACAUUCCGAGCAGUUGAAGAGUUUACGAGUAGUGGACGCGUUGAAAGGCCACGGCAUCGUCACUGAUACCAUUUCUGUUGGAGACACUAAGUUUAUGGGCGUCUGCCGCCUGACCCCCAACCUGCCGGCGCGGCGGCUCGACAUCCGCCUGGUCCCGCGGGAGCAGUUCCACUGCGCCACGCUCUACUUCACCGGAUCCGACGUCUUCAACAAGACCAUGCGGGCGCACGCGCUGGAGCGAGGGUUCACGCUGAAUGAGUACUCGCUGCGACCCGUCGGCGUUUCAGGUGUAGCGGGGGAGCCGGUGCCGAUAUCUUCGGAGGAAGAAAUAUUCGACUACAUCGACUAUCCCUACAAACCACCGGAGAAGAGGAAUUUGUAAAUGGCAACCUGAUGAAUCUCAUAACAAACGUGUUUGUAAUACAAAAAAUAA